AAACUCUCAAGUAAUGUUUCUCUCUGGAUGCAACAAACACGGGAUUGACUGACAAUAAAACGAUUGUCCGGCUUAUCUGGAUUGUAGGCAGCUCCUCCAAAAUUCUAUUUAACACACCAGUGUUAAGAUUUACUGCAUUAUAAAGAUGUAUCCACAUCCUUGUUCUCUGGAAGAAAACAAUCAUGCAACAGAAAGAUAAAAACAAUUCCUGGGAAAAAGCCUCUCUGUUAUACAGGUCAGUGGCUGUAAUCCCAAACCGUUUCACAAAGCAGAGUAGAAGGCAAUAAAAAUGUUUGCCAUCACUUCCCCUCCCUCCAUACAUGCAGGAGAUGCAGGCCACCCAAAGUGUAUAAAUGCACAUGGAGCUUCAGUGGAUGCAGCUCUUCAGCACAGCUUGGCUUCACUGGACCACCAAAGAGGACACCUCUGUACAUUACUCCGUAUAACUAUUAAGACAGAAGCCUCUUUCAUCCCCUGACGUCCAAUAUGAGUCUUUUGGCAGAAAGGCUUAUGGAGAACAGCGACAAGAUCAAAAAGGGAGUAGAGAUGCUAGGCCAAGUCUGUGAGAUCCUUGCAGCCACUGUAGGCCAGUUCAAUCCCAUCCUGGAGGCAGUAUUGAAUGUCUCCGCUGAGCUCCUUAGCAACCCAGAGGGCAAAGAGGCUAGGUUUCUUGCUGAGCAGUUUGUGAAGGUCAACCAGAAGCUGGAAAAGAACAAGGCUGAGAUUACAAACGCAUACCUGGCAAUGCAGCGAUCAUCUGUGAACCAGCUGAACUUCAACUACUAUGCAAACAUAAACAGUCAGUAUGAAUAUUUUAAAUAUAUUUUCACAGCCAAACCUGAGAAUAAGAAGUUGAAGCGAGAUGAGUUCCUCAUCUUCUUUGAAGAACUUGAGGGAGAAAAGAACCUUGACUGCUUAUAUAAUGCUAUCAUGAAGACCUCUGGACGGACAAUGCUGGUCAUUAUAGUGGAAACCGAGCAGCGGAGCAGGAGAGCAGUGGAGGAAUUCUGUACUAGCCUGAAGAAGCUGUUUGUGGUUGGGAUCAUCUCACUGAUGGGCUACGCUGCACUAAAGAGAGACACUGUAGAUGAGGAAAUGGGGAAGAAAUGGCUUGCCCGCAUGGAGGACGUGGAGAAGCGCAUGAAGGCAGCAGUGGAUGAGUGUGUGAACAACUUUGCUGAGCAAGCCAAGACUGAUAUAGAUGAGAUGCUCCUGGACAAGCAGAUCAGUGUCGACCCUGAGUUUACUAAAUUCCUACUGGAGGCUCUUGUGAAGAAGUAUUACUGGGUCUCCUGGUCAGUCCGGGUGUUUAAUGAUGAUGAUAGCAUAUUUGGGAAGUUUCUGUUUGGGAAGAAGCACCAUAUAAAUAGUGGAGUUGACAAUUAUUUUGAAUAUUUGGGGGGUAAUAAAAUAAGGGUUGUGGUGUCUUUCACUGCAGACCCUAAACCACUCGACAAGAUCCAGAUAAAGGAUCAAAUAGAGCACGAGAAAGGUGGUGUGGAGUCUCUGAGCAAAAGUUUUCCCAACUGCCUUGUCCAUGCUAUCAAUCGCUGUACGAAAGUGGAGGAAGCCAAUAAUUUUGAGCCUGAGCACCUUUAUUAUAUUUCUCACAAACAAGCACACAUCUGUAUCCACUCUGAAUAAUGGAAUUUAGAUUAAACUAAACAUAUUGAUGUCCAAUCAGAAUCUACAAUCUUCAGGUGUCUAUUAAUUAAUGAGUUCUACCUUCAUUCAUUCAUUUUCUACCGCUUUAUCCAAACUACCUCGGGUCACGGGGAGCCUGUGCCUAUCUCAGGUGUCAUCGGGCAUCAAGGCAGGAUACACCCUGACGGAGCGCCAACCCAUCACAGGGCACACACACACAAUUUUCCAUAGACACCAAUCAACCUACCAUGCAUGUCUUUGAACCGGGGGAGGAAACCUGAGUACCCGGAGGAAACCCCCAAGGCACGGGGAGGACAUGCAAACUCCAAACACACAAGGCGGAGACGGGAAUUGAACCACGACCCUGGAGGUGUGAGGUGAACAUGCUAACCACUAAGCCACUGUGCCCCCCAAUCAGUUCUACAAUUUUUAUGAUAGUAAUAAUAAAUAACAAAUAAUAAAGAUUUGAUUAUUUACAAAUGUAUAAUUGUUAUUUGUAAUGAUGAUGUUAUGGCACUUAAUUAAUUAAACAAGACCGAAUGAGACUGAGGGUCAAAGCACUAAGGCUUGAGAUGAUCACUUUUAAUAAAGGCUUUUAAAAAGGAAAAAGGGCUUUGUAUCGUUCUGUAUAUUUUUCUCUGUGUUAUAUCCAUGUGGAAAAUUUCUUUUUAAAAAUUAAUACAGAUUAAAUCAGAGCAUUAUUUUGUAAUACUCUUCCACUUUUGUGCAAAUUAUAACCAUCAGUAAUUUUUGCCAAAGUAACACUAAUGAUUAUUUUUGUGCAUUUGUAUUAUUAUUACUUUAUAGAUCCAUCAUUUGUUCAAUUCAUAAUAAACGAGGAAAAAAAAUAUUUUGAAUUUUAUUUAGUCUCAUCCUGAAUACAUUCACCCCU